UCUGAGCAAACAGAGAUUCUUGUUUGUUUUAGAUUUAACAAUUAUAUCUUAAAAAUUAUACAUAGGAGAUAUGCCAAAGGUUUCAUUCAAAUUAGUCCUUUUGUUUGUGAUUUUUGUCACAGAAGCUUAUCAUGGACUUUCGUUUUCAAGGAUACCAAUAACAAACACAAAUGAGAAAGUAACUUCAUGUGUUACUGUGGAUGAUUGCUUUCAUAGCCUUCACAAUAUAAAGUGUGAUGCAUCAUCAGUUACAUGUUUGGACAAUUAUUGCGGUUGUAAACAAAAAACCAAAGAACCGGGUCAUGCUUUUUCGAGUAUACCAUUAUCAAAGGCUGGAGUGGUAGAUUCUCAAUGUCGUUCAAGCGAUGAUUGUCUUUAUUACAUUCCAUCUUGUCAUGGAUCACCACCUAAAUGUGAUGAUGGUAUUUGUACUUGUUAAUUAAAAUACUCUUAUGAUUAAAAAUAAAGAAAUGUCUUAAAUAAA